UCGAGGCUAUGCUAUCCAUCUGAUCCAUAAUAUUGCGCAGAUGUACACCACUGGCAGCGCCCAGCGAUUGCAUAAGAGCUCAGAGGCCGUGAUGCUGCUAGGCACAAACUCAACGACCACCUCACCGUCGUGUCGUUGCACACCAUGGCCGACUCCAAGGAGCACUCUUUAGACGGGAAGACCCACCGGAUGGAGUAUAACUCAGAAGAUGUACCUCCUGCGUACGAGUGGGAGGAGAAAUCACCUUCAGGCAACCCUUUUCGGGCAUCUGCGUCCGAGUCAGACCAUGGCCUUGAAGGCGUGACUUCGGGAGCGAAGCGAAGCGCACACAUGCCGCCUGCUGGGAUGCCACCGCCAUUCCCGUCCGAAACGUACGCGGACAUAUCGCACUCUGGGUACAGACACGAUAAGCAGCCACUGUACUACGGGAAUCAAGAAGGACUAGGUUCCAGGGGCGUGUCUCCCCUUCCUCCGUCACCCAAUCCUUAUGCAGCAGCGCCGGGCCCGUCGUGCACGUACGGUCAGCCGCCGUACGAGGCAUCUGGCCCAUCCCGCGGGUACCCCUCUUCGCCCGCGCCGGGCUUUGGCCCUGGAGGAUCUGGUGCUGGUCGCGUGGGCGGAUUCGGCGGCGGAGGCAUGGGCGGUAGCAUGGGCAGAGGCAUGGGCGGAUUCGGCGGUGGGCCUGCGGGUGGGGGCAGAGUCGGAAUCAUCGGUAUGCUCGUGAACGCCGUCACCAGCGACAGCUCGCGCGACAUGGCACAGCACCCACCGCCUCCGUCCUUCUCACGCUCGCCGCAGCCGCAGUUCCCGUACUCUCCCUUCCCACCACUCGUCGCGGCUAGCGUCGACAAGUCCCUCGACCACGGAUUCCCGCUCGUCCCGCCGCCGAGCCACCUCCAGCCGCACCCAUUCAUGGCGCACGACGUUAACGAAGACGACUGGACGUCCUUCCUGGGCCAUAUCCGCCAAAUCGGUGCCGUAUCACCUUCUGGCUCGUCCGGGCAGGCUAAUGUUGGUCUUCUUGGUAUGCUUGUCUCCAAGGGCAUCGAUGCUGCUUUCAAGGGCGACACUAGCGGGACGGUCGCCCAGGUCAUCGAGCAGUGGAACACGUACUUUUUCCACCCUCGCUUGAUGGAAGUCAACCUCGUCCGCGGACGCCGUGUUUAUACCAACUCUGGCCAGCUGCCGCCUGACAUUCGUACCGAGGGCUAUUCACGCUCGAGAGAUGAAGACUCCAGCGAUGAUUCUGAUUCAAGCUCGGAAGAUGACAAGCGCGGUGGUUCUUGGAGAGAACAGAAGCGGGCGGAGAAGCAGGCUAGGAAGGCGGAAAAGCGAGCUAGGAGGGAACAGAAGCGUGCAAUGAAGAGGGAGCGGCGAGAUAAUAAGAGGAAUAACCAGGGCGCUAGAGGUGACCCAUGGAAGCUGGUCAUCACCUUUAGGCCGCCCGCUAUGAUGUGAUCUCUUCCUGUUCUUCCAUUUUGUUGGGACGUGUCUAUGUUCAUUCACGCAGCAAAUUGUCGUAUCCAACUGGGUGGGUAUUGCAUAGGCUCGCGACCAAUCUGCUCUGUGGUCGGCGGGACACGUACCGAGGGUGGGAAAGUGGUCAAUUACGACUUCGGCACACUAGAGUGAUCAUGUUAACUUUGGCUAGGGCGACCGGUUUUGAGCCUAAGUAUUGAUGUAUAUGAUGUUGUGAAUCGUCCGUAGAUUCCGCGAAGGAAUUAGAUGGACAUUCAGCUGAAUGCAUGGUGAAUAUCUCC